GGAAAUUAAAAACAUCAAUCACCCAAGUCUUCUCUUCUUCUUCACUAGUUAUAAUUUCAUGGCUUCAAAUGGUGCAGUCUCUUCUUCUUCUUCUUCUUCUUCUUCUUCUUUAAGAGAGUGGAAAUACGAUGCAUUUCUUAGCUUCCGAGGUGAAGACAUACGCAAAAGCUUUAUUAGUCAUCUACACAAAGAGCUGAGCCGUGAAGGAAUCAACACCUUCAUAGAUGAUCGAGAACUCGAGACAGGCCAAAGUAUUUCUCAAACCCUCACUGAAGCAAUACGAUCAUCAAGAAUUUUAAUCAUUAUUUUGUCGAAAAAUUAUGCUUCUUCAAGAUGGUGUUUGGAUGAACUUGUGCAAAUUCUCAAGUGCAAGAAAGCUGGGAGCCAAACAGUUUUACCGAUCUUCUAUGAUGUGAGUCCAUCGCAAGUGCGAAAACAGAGUGGGAAUUUUGAAAAUGCAUUUGAUUCUCAUGGACAGCUUUUCAAGGAGAAGGUGCAACAGUGGAGAGAUGCAAUAAUGCAAGUGGCUGAUCUCUGUGGAUGGGAUUUACAUGAUAGGGAUGAGUCAGAGUUUAUUUGUGAGAUUGUCAAAGACAUAAUUAGCAAGUUGGGACGAUUCAGUAGUGACAUAGCCAAGGGUCUCGUUGGAAUGGAGUCCAGAUCAGAGAAAAUGAGAAUGUAUUUGGAUUUGGGGCAGCCAGAUAAGGUCAAAUUUAUAGGUGUUUGGGGGAUGGGAGGAAUAGGUAAAACAACUAUUGCUAGUGUUGUAUACAAGCAACUACAUUCUCAAUUUGAAGGUAGUAGCUUUCUUAUAGAUGUUAGAGAAGCUUCCAAAAGACAUAAUGGUUUGGUUUCUUUGCAAAACAAACUUUUAUCUGCAAUAUUGAAUAGGGAUUUAGAAGUACAUGAUGUUCAUAAGGGAACAGAUGAGUUAAGAAAGAGGCUAUGUCAUAAAAAGGUUUUGGUCAUUCUUGAUGAUGUUAAUGAAUUGGAGCAAUUAGAGUAUUUAAUUGGAAAAAGAGAUGAAAACUGGUUUGGCAAGGGAAGUAGAAUCGUCAUAACAACUAGAAAUAAGCAUUUAUUGGCCCAAUGUGGACUAGAUGAUGAAUGUAUAUAUAGGAUGGAGGAGUUAGCUGAUCAUGAAGCCUUUCAACUCUUUUGUUCGAAAGCCUUUAGAAACAAUUGCCCCACAGUAGAUUAUAUGGAGUUGUGCAACCAAUUUGUAAGUUAUGCAAGUGGCCUCCCAUUAGCUCUUAGUGUUUUAGGUUCAUCCUUGUAUGCUAAAUCAAUAAAAGAAUGGAAGAGUGCGUUGGACAGAUUGAAAGAUAUUCCCAGUGCAGAAAUUCUAAGAAAACUUCAAAUAAGUUUUGAUGGAUUAGAUGAGAUGCAGAAGAAAUUAUUUCUAGACAUAGCAUGCUUUUUCAAUGGAAGGGAAGAGAAUUAUGUGAGAAAAAUACUAGAAAGUUGUGGAUUCUACCCAGACAGUGGAAUAGGAGAACUUAUGGACAAAUCUCUAAUAAUUGUUUCAAAUGAACGAGUGUGGAUGCAUGAUUUGCUACGACAAAUGAGUCAAGAGAUUGUUCGUCGAGAAUCCCCUAAGGAGCCAGGACGACGCAGUAGAAUAUGGCUUUAUGAGGACGUCUACCAUGUCUUAAUAAAUGAUACAGGAUCAGAAGAAAAUGAAGGUAUAGUCCUGGAUUUAUUAAGUGAAACAAGCCAAUUGAUCAGAGCUAAAGGGUUCUCAAAGAUGAAAUAUCUAAGACUGCUUAUUCUCCAGAAUGCAUUUGUUUUUCAUGACCUUGAAUAUCUUUCAAAUGAAUUAAGAUAUCUGGAAUGGCACAAAUACCCCUUCAAAUCCUUUCCAUCAACUUUUCAACCAAAUAAACUUGUUGAGCUCAACAUGCAACACAGCAAGUUGAAACAAUUAUGGAAGGCAGUAAAACCUUUACAGUUGCUGAAGAUCAUUGAUCUUAGUUUCUCUAAAGAUUUAAUCAAGACCCCAGACUUUAGAGAUGUCCCAAAUCUUGAGGUGUUGAAACUUCAAGGUUGUACAAGCCUAGUUGAGGUGCACAAAUGCAUUGGUGUAUUGAGAAGGUUUUUCUCAUUGAACUUGAAAGACUGCAAAAAUCUAGUUGCUCUUCCAAGCGACAUAUGGAAUUUGAAGUCUCUCAAGAUUCUUAAUUUGCGUGGCUGCUUGAAGCUUAGCAAACUUCCUGAGGGGUUGGCGGGUUUGACAAGUUUGGAGGAGCUUGAUGCAGCUGGAAUUGGUUCAAGACAAAUGACAUUUGCUAAACCUUGGGAUCUUCUUAGUAAUUUCUUACCACAUGCGGAGAGGAACCAAAAUCUCCAGGCUUUUGCUUUCUCAAGUCUACGAGCUCUAAGGAAACUGGAUUUAAGUUGCUGCAACCUACCAAAAGUUCCCAACGAUAUUAGCUACCUGCGGUCAUUGGUAAAACUAAAUUUAAGUGGAAACUAUCUUUUGAGCGUACCUUCAAGCAUCAGCGAACUUUCUAACCUUAAGGAUGUUGAUUUUUCUAAUUGCACAAGACUCAGGUCUUUGCCGGCUCUUCCAUCUAGUGUUGAAUGUCUAGAUAUGAAAAAUUGCACUUCAUUGCAAACUCUUCCUAAUCUGGUUCAAGUUCUUAGACUUAAAACACUCAAGUGUGCUAAUUGCAAGAGCCUUCGGUCAUUGCCACAUCUUCCUUCCAGCGUUAAAUUUCUGGAUAUGGAAAAUUGCACUGCGCUUGCAAUAUUUCCCAAUCUAAUUGAAACACACAAUGUGGAGAAGAGUUUUUAUAUAGGUUUCUCAAAAUUUUCCAAAUUGAAUUACUUUCAAGGUGAAAUUAGAGUGCCUUUUACAUGGCUGAGAUAUUACAUGCUUUGGUUGCAUGAUGUUCGGCAGCUACUGAAGAUGCAAGUAGGUUGCGAUAUGGACGAGUUUGAUGAAGGCUUUCCUCAUAGACGCAUCCAUCCAUUUUUGGGGCUCCCGGAUUUUUAUUUAUGCUUACCAGGAAGUGGAAUUUGCCAUCAGAGAUCCAUGCUUUCAUUUUUGGAGCUCCCCGAGUUCUAUAUAUGCUUACCCGGAAGUGGAAUUCCUGAUUGGUUCAAGCAUCAGGCAGAGGAGAGUCAUUUAAGAAUAGAACUACAUCCAAAUGAAAGUUGGUGGAAUAUUGCAGGAUUUGUAGUUUGCGCCGUUGUUGAGAAGGGAAAUGUUGGUGAACCUAUAACUUGGUCCAUUACAGUCGGUAGAAAUAUUGGGUCGGCUAGGUGUUGGAGCAACCAUGUUCCUAUCCCUGAAACUUCCCAAGUUCCUUCGGACCACCUUAGCAUGUUCUUCCAAGUGAACCAGUUGGUAGAUCCAAACGAUGAAUGCAGUCCGACUGAGCUGUUGCUUAUUUUUGAGCCUGAAGAGAAAAUCAAGAAAUGCGGAAUCCGUAUAGUAUAUGAGGUUGAAAUACAAGAGAUUAUCCAAAUGAACAGACCUUUAAAAGAUUUGGUAAUUUGAGGAAGAGGAAGAUGAAGUCUCAGAAAGAAGCAAAAAAGGAAUGAAAUAAUCAAGCCAAGUGGAAUGAUUGUUCAUAGGGACCCUCCAGAAAGAGGCUUCUACGUGAUUGAUGAGUUGCUAUUUAUGUUUUUCUUUUUAAUGAAAUAUAUGAAAAACGCAUAUAUACUUUGAGGUUGCUUAUAUAAGCAAAUUAAUUAUAACAUGAAAGAAAGAAAAUACUUAUGAAUAGGGAUGUUGAUUGGUAGGCUUUUGCGAGUACGAAUUAUAAUAUAUAAUUGGUAUUUUGGAAA